AUGUUUAUAUACUCUUUCAGUCAAGUGUAUUUUGCCUCAGUAGAGAAAAAGAUAGACUGGGUGUAUAUAUAUACCCUGCCUUUUCUUUCAUCCACCACAACUACUCCAAAAGAUAUCGUUUCCAAGAUUACUCCACCAAUCAAGAAACCAAAGUUAGCUGCUUCAUCCUCACCUUCAUCUACACCGGCAUCGCCACAUCACAACUCAAGAACUACUUCACCAAUCGAAAGCAGCUUUUUAACCAACUUGAAUUUAGACUCUCCUCUCACGCCCAGAGCAUCGUCAUACCCCAUCGAGUUGAACAAUAGCAUAGCCACUAAGACCAUCCCUGAAGCUCCUACAGAUACAGAUUCAUUAACAACAACAACAACACAACAACACCAUCGUUAUCAUCAACAACAACAAAUGAUUUCGUCUUACUCACAGGAAGACCUUCUCAAAAUCCUACAGGACCCUGUUUUGUAUCAACAGAAACAUAUGGAAAUUCGAAAUGACUUGAUCAAACAGAUUAGACAACAGGACCUCGUCAUAAACGACUACAAUAACGAAUUGGAAGUCUGCAAGACUGCCAACAAGGCUUUUAAACAAGCUUUAUCUGAAAUUGGUACCGUGGUCAUAUCUGUUGCCAUGGGUGAUUUGUCGAAAAAAGUGGAAAUCCACACAGUUGAAAGUGACCCCGAAAUUUUAAAGGUCAAAAUCACCAUCAACACCAUGAUGGAUCAGUUGCAAACUUUUGCCAAUGAAGUCACCAAAGUUGCCACGGAAGUUGCCAAUGGUGAGUUGGGAGGACAGGCGAAAAACGAAGGCUCUGUUGGUAUAUGGCGGUCCUUGACUGAUAAUGUCAACAUUAUGGCCCUCAACUUGACAAAUCAAGUGAGAGAAAUUGCUGACGUUACCCGAGCUGUGGCUAGAGGAGACUUGUCACGUAAAAUCAAUGUCCAUGCCCAAGGAGAAAUCUUGCAAUUACAAAUGACUAUAAAUACAAUGGUGGAUCAAUUGAGAACUUUUGCGUUUGAAGUGUCCAAAGUUGCCAGAGAUGUGGGUGUCUUGGGUAUAUUGGGUGGACAAGCUUUGAUUGAAAAUGUCGAAGGUAUUUGGAAAGAAUUGACUGAUAAUGUAAAUGCCAUGGCCUUGAACUUGACUACUCAAGUGAGAAAUAUCGCCAAUGUCACCACCGCGGUUGCUAAAGGUGACUUGUCAAAGAAAGUUACUGCUGAUUGUAAAGGAGAGAUUUUGAAUUUGAAGUUGACCAUCAAUCAGAUGGUGGAUCGAUUGUUGAAGUUUGCUUCCGAAGUGACGACAUUGUCAAGAGAAGUCGGUACUUUGGGUAUAUUGGGAGGUCAAGCCAAUGUUCAGGAUGUCGAAGGUGCUUGGAAAGCAGUAACGGAAAAUGUUAAUCUAAUGGCUACAAAUUUAACAAACCAAGUGAGAUCCAUCGCCACUGUUACCACAGCUGUUGCCCAUGGUGAUUUAUCACAAAAGAUUGAUGUUCAUGCCCAAGGAGAGAUUUUGCAAUUGAAAAACACAAUCAACAAGAUGGUGGACUCGUUGCAAUUGUUUGCCUCGGAAGUGUCCAAAGUUGCUCGUGAUGUUGGUAUAAAUGGUAAAUUGGGUAUUCAAGCCCAAGUUAGCGAUGUUGAUGGGUUAUGGAAAGAAAUCACAUCCAAUGUCAAUACCAUGGCUUCAAACUUGACAUCUCAAGUGAGAGCAUUUGCCCAGAUCACUGCUGCUGCCACCGAUGGUGAUUUCACUCGUUUUAUUACCGUUGAAGCUUCAGGAGAGAUGGAUGCAUUGAAAACCAAGAUCAAUCAGAUGGUGUUGAAUUUGAGAGAAUCGAUUCAAAGAAACACGGCUGCUAGAGAGGCUGCCGAGUUGGCAAAUAGUGCCAAGUCGGAGUUUUUGGCAAAUAUGUCGCACGAGAUUAGAACGCCAUUGAAUGGUAUAAUUGGUAUGACUCAGUUGUCCUUGGAUACCGAAUUGACUCAGUACCAAAGGGAAAUGUUGUCGAUUGUGCACAAUUUAGCCAAUUCUUUAUUGACGAUUAUUGAUGAUAUUUUGGAUAUUUCAAAGAUUGAAGCCAAUAGAAUGACGGUUGAGCAAAUUGAUUUCUCAUUGAGAGGUACCGUUUUUGGUGCAUUAAAGACAUUGGCAGUGAAGGCUAUUGAAAAGAACUUGGACUUGACAUAUCAGUGUGACUCGUCAUUCCCAGAUAAUUUAAUUGGAGAUUCAUUUAGGUUAAGGCAGGUUAUUUUGAAUCUUGCUGGUAAUGCCAUCAAGUUCACCAAGGAAGGUAAAGUUAGUGUUAGUGUUAAGAAAUCAGACAAGACUGUUCCCGACUCUGAUAAAUUGUUGUUGGAAGUUUGUGUUUCUGAUACUGGUAUUGGUAUUGAAAAGGAUAAGUUGGGGUUGAUUUUUGAUACUUUUUGUCAAGCUGAUGGGUCCACCACUAGAAAAUUUGGUGGUACUGGUUUAGGAUUGUCGAUUUCCAAACAAUUGAUUCAUUUGAUGGGUGGUGAAAUUUGGGUCACUUCUGAAUAUGGAUCGGGCUCAAACUUUUACUUUACUGUUUCUGUGUCGCCAUCAAACAUUAGAUACACGAGACAGACAGAACAGUUGUUGCCAUUUAGCAACCACUAUGUGUUGUUUGUGUCUACCGAGCAUAGUAAUGAGGAAUUGGCUGAGAUUGAACAUGCCAUAGUUGAGUUGGGAUUGAAUCCAAUCAUUGUCAACAAUAUAGAGGAUGCCAAUUUAUCAGAACCUAUUAGGUACGACAUCAUCAUGAUUGAUUCGAUUGAUACUGCAAAGAAACUACGCUUGUUAUCGGAAGUGAAAUACAUUCCAUUAGUCUUGGUUCAUCACUCUAUCCCCGAAUUAAACAUGCGAGUGUGUAUCGACUUGGGAAUCUCAUCGUAUGGAAACACGCCAUGCUCAAUGACUGAUUUAGCCAGUGCAUUGAUACCGGCCUUGGAAUCACGUUCCAUUUCACAAAACACUGAUGAGUCCGUCAAGUACAACAUCUUGCUUGCUGAGGAUAACUUGGUGAAUCAGAAGUUGGCAGUGCGUAUAUUGGAGAAACAAGGACACCAUGUUGAAGUUGUUGAAAAUGGUUUAGAGGCAUUUGAGGCUAUUCAAAAGAAUAAAUAUGAUGUUGUUUUGAUGGAUGUGCAAAUGCCCGUUAUGGGAGGAUUUGAAUCAGUGGAAAAGAUUAGACAAUGGGAAAAGAAAUCAAACCCUAUUGAUUCAUUGACUUUUAGGACACCAAUUAUUGCCCUUACUGCGCAUGCCAUGUUGGGAGAUCGUGAAAAAUCAUUGGCUAAGGGAAUGGAUGAUUAUGUGUCAAAGCCAUUGAAACCAAAGUUGUUGAUGCAAACAAUCAACAAAUGUAUUCAUAAUAUCAAUCAGUUGAAGGAGUUGUCGAAACAGAAUAACAAUACUGAUUUCGCAAAGAAGUUGAAAAAGGGCGUCAUCCAAUCGUCAACAUCUAGUGGUGGUGGUGGUGAAGGUGGUCGAGGUGGUGGGAGAUCGAGAGCCGACUCCAACGCACUGGUAUCGCCGCGUGCAUCCAACACCAGUUCGCCGUCUAGAUCAUCCCCUGGUGGCGGUGGUAGUGGUGGCUAUCUGCAGUACCAGCAACAGUACCAAUACCCACCCGCAUUCAACCAGUCAAGAUCGUCGCCAUCGUUGAACGUAACGUCAAACAACUCAAAAGAUUCACCGUUCAAAUCAUCAUCAUCAACGACAAACAACAAUUACAGCAAUAACAACCAUGACGCUCCGGGUAACAGUGGAAGCACCAGUGGCACCGGUGUUGAGAACGGGUUGUUUAACACAUUAGCUGCGGGAUUGUUGCGACCUGGACAAUUAAGUCUGAGUAACCGGUCUGUUACUGAGAGCGUCUUGACUUUUACAUCUAGCAAGAUUACGGAGUUGGGUGAUGGCGAUUUCAACGGCAGUAAUGGCGAGGAUGCCAUGGAUAUCGACGUACCGAAAAACUGA